AGAUUUAUUCUUGGAGUAUCAAACUAGUAAAUUCAGCUGUCAUCUACCUAUCUCCACCUGGAGACCUUAAUAAAAUCAUUAUGUCUGAGACAGAACCCGCCUCAAAUUCUGAAUUUUGGUGAAUGUGUCACCAUCAGUAACCAAAUGCUUUCAUUUCUUUUUCCUUAGCAUUCUUAUAUUCUCUUGUUGGAAACUUACAUCAGCACCCUCCCUCUAAUUAUCUUAUACUUGCAUUACUACCUGGAUAUUCUAGUUUCCCUUUCGCCAUACCUCCUCCUGCAUUACCAAACUUUCCUCCAACCUGCUGUUCAAAUGGUCUGGAAGCUACUAAACUGGCUGUUAUUUCCUGACGUAAAACCUUUCAAUGAACUCCUCUUGUCUCAUUAGUGGUUCAUAUGUGGACCAGCUUCAUAGAAAUCCUUAAGCCCCUUGAAAUUAUGUGUAGGAUUGUUCCCUUUUUGUGUGUCUGUAAUUGGAUUCUGAAUUCAGACUUUAAAAAUCUGAUUUUUAAUAUUAGGAGUUUUUAUUGCUGGCUAAAAAUUUCUUGAAUACUACAUAUACUAAAGAUCUUUUUUGCUUAUAAUAAUUUUGCCUUUCAUUCGACUAGUUGUCCAAGAAGUUUCAAGGAAAUCUGAGUUCUUGGAGAUUUCCACUAACUCUGCCCAUACCCCUCUAUAUUUUGUCUUCUUGAGAAGAAGACUUAGUAUUAAUAGACUCUUAUUAGUCUGGCAGAAAUAUUUCACAUGGUUUAUCUAUUGGAAGAAGGGGAUUUAUACUUAAAAGUUGGAAUAUCACAUGAAGAAUUCAGUAAAAGCGUCUUUGAAAGUAAAUGAUGUAUUAUACUUAUUAAUAGAAUUGGACUAACAUCACUCCAAAUUUCUGUGUAUUAAAUUCUUAGUAAACUGGAAAUGAAUUCCCUUUUUCAAAAUGAUUCAAAAUUAGAAUUUUCUGAGACGUUUAUGAGAUAGGGAAUACCUCUUUUGAUUAGCAUUAAUACUUGCUCUACACAAAGGGAGGGGAAAAGCUUUCUUAUUUACAUAUUGGUAUGAUCAUCUGCAUGCAUUUAGUCUCCCACCUGUUUUAAGAUCAUUGAAACUGCAAAACAGAGACUGUAGGGUAGAUUAAAAUGGUUUUUUAAAAAGCCUUGAAGUAUGUCUUAUAGGUAGACUAGCAGUUUGGGGUUACUUUGUGUCUGUCUUGUUACACGUUUUAUCUGUAUCUUACUUAUUGCAUGUGCCUCAUUCAGAAUUAAAUAAGAAAUACUACUAAGUUUUUCUGCCCAUUUGUUAGUUGGUGAUAGACUAACAGUAUACUUGAUGGGCUAAACAGAAUCAGAAUUUAUAAAUUACUAUGGCAAAUUGAUAGUUAAGAGUGCUUCAGAUGAAAUAAUGACCAUUUAGCUGUCUGGUGUCCAUUGUUUUCAGAUUAACUUUGUCCAACUUUACUUCAUUCUGAUGAUGGAACCAAAAUACCUGCACAAACAGAAUUGUUUUGCCUUUCCAAUUAUGUUGUUGUUAUAAUUCAUGCCUUCUCCUGGGAUGAUUGUAAUUGCUUUCUUAGUUUUGAAAUUACGUGUUUCGGUUUAUUCAUAAAUGCAACAGUAAGAGUCAUGCAAAAUAUUGAUCAUAUUAAGUAGGGUGGAGGAUAAUGUUUUCAGGUUGAAAACUUUUUUCUGUAGAUAAACAAGCUGUAUGUGAUGGAAAACUGACUUCUUGGGCCAAUUUACUUAAAGCAAAUACAAUAGGUUUGGAAUUAUGUAUUUAAAAACAUGUCAUUGGUCCACGUGACAUGUUGGGUAUCUUGUUUACAUUUUACCAGACUCUAUUUUUAUUUAUGUUUUAAAUUUAUGAGCCUGUCCUUUGUUCAUAAGGUACUUAGAUGGUUUAAGAUGUAGACUUAUAUAAAGAUGUUGCUGUUGUUUUUUCAAAGUAAUGAUGGUCAUCAGCCCAUUUUUCUAUUUAGUCUCAUGAAUAGAAUCAUGAGUAGAAUCUUUCUUAAAUUAUUACUUGUAAAUGGAUCGCUUUCUUGUUUUCUUUUUCUUAAUUGGAGCUUUAAAUAAAUAUGGAACUUGGAACAAAAAGAUUUUCAGGAAUUUUAUGGAAACUAACUUUUUUGACCUAAAUUGAAAGGGGUGAGAGUUUCUGAAAACCUAACAAAAUGUGUGCACAGCCAAUUCUUUUAGGGGAGGAAAUAGGCAGGGAAUGUUAAUUGGCUAUUUUAAAAACAUAUGCCUUCUUUUGUAACUUAUUGUUGUUUCAAGUUACAAGAUCUUUGAAGGCAAGUGUUUAUCUCAAAAUAUUUGAAAGCUUUUAUAGUGCUUAACAUAUUAAGACGUCCUAUUAGGGUUUACUUAGAACAAGCUUAUCCAACUUGUGGGCCACAUGUGGCCCAGGAUGGCUUUGAAUGCAGCCUAACACAAAUUCAUAAGCUUUCUUAAAACAUUAUGUGAUUUUUUUUUUUUUAGCUGAUCAGCUAUGAUUAGUGUUAAUGCAUUUUAUGUGUGGCCCAAGACAAUUCUUUUUCUUCCAGUGUGGCCCAGGGAAACCAAAAGAUUAGACACCCCUGACUUAGAACUUUCCAUAGGUUAGGAAAAAGUUGUACUUUCUUGAUGUCUAUAACCUAGAAUUUCUGGUAAAGGAAUUGAUUGGAAAUGUUAUUAAAAGUUGAAAAUAAUUUGGAAAUUAAACAUUUUAGUGAUCAGUUCUUCCAUUGAGACUGUGUUGCUUCCUUUACUAGAUACGUGCCAUCUUUUUAAAAACUUAAUGUGUUGCUUCCUUUACUAGAAAAUUGCCGUCUUUUUGAGCCUUGUCUAUUGAGGAACCAAGAACAGAAAAGGCAGUAAAAAGAAAAAAAAGAAAAAGGAUUGUUUUAAGAUUGAAUGUGCUGUGAUGAUAGCCUAGGAUUAUUGUUUUUCAAUUUUUGAUGAGCGUAAGCAUUCUUGUUGACUAUAUCUUUUGUAACUACUGACCCAUUUAGAAUGGCAGAAUUAGCUGGCACAGAGAUUGUCAUUCAUUUUAAGCUUCCAAUCUCUGCCAUCUUCAUCUUCAUUUCUCAGUCUUUUUUACUUAUCAGUGGUUUACUCCAUUAUUUUCUCCCCUUUUAAAAUGUCUUUUUUUUUUUUUUUACCAUGGGGAAAAAAAUUAGAUGUUUCCUUGGCAGGGCACAAUAACACAAUAAGGCUUUCAUGACUUAGCUUUUGAUGACCUUUACACGUUCAUCUCCUGCUUUUCCAUUGCUUGUAUGACUAUUUGACUCAGUGUCUUGCAUAUGCUUCUGCCUGGAAUCUGCUCCACUGCCCAGCCCCUCUGAAUGAACACUAAACUUUCUAACCUGUGUCCAUCCUCUCAUCUCUCUCUUACUGUUAUUUUAGUAAGUAUGUUAACACAUUUUGAUUAUGCAGGAAUCAGGCCAUAUUGUAAUUAUCUGCAUGUAUGUUUCCUUAUUUAACAGAGUAGUUGUGUGUCUUAUUUAUCUUUAGACCCAUCAGUACUUAGUAUUGUAUCUGGAACAUGGCAGGUGUUCAGUAAAUGUUUAUCUGAAUCAAUAAGGCAGAAAUUAUAAAUUUUAUGUCAGUGUUUAAGCUAGAUACAUCCAAUUUGACAAAUCUUUUUUCUUCCUCCUCUUCAGGGGAUCUUCAAUAUUCAUGUUAUUUUCUCCUUUGGUCUUAUAUGAUUGUUACCUUUAUGAAGCUUUAGUGAUUACAAAGCACUUUUUUUGUCCAUUUUUACCUGAGCUUUGUAAACUCUGAUUUGCAGGAUGGCUGGCUGUGGUGAAAUUGAUCAUUCAAUAAACAUGCUUCCUACAAACAGGAAAGCAAACGAGUCCUGUUCUAAUACUGCACCUUCUUUAACCGUCCCUGAAUGUGCCAUUUGUCUGCAAACAUGUGUUCAUCCAGUCAGUCUGCCCUGUAAGCACGUUUUCUGCUAUCUAUGUGUAAAAGGAGCUUCAUGGCUUGGAAAGCGGUGUGCUCUUUGUCGACAAGAAAUUCCCGAGGAUUUCCUUGACAAGCCAACCUUGUUGUCACCAGAAGAACUCAAGGCAGCAAGUAGAGGAAAUGGUGAAUAUGCGUGGUAUUAUGAAGGAAGAAAUGGGUGGUGGCAGUACGAUGAGCGCACUAGUAGAGAGCUGGAAGAUGCUUUUUCCAAAGGUAAAAAGAACACUGAAAUGUUAAUUGCUGGCUUUCUGUAUGUCGCUGAUCUUGAAAAUAUGGUUCAAUAUAGGAGAAAUGAACAUGGACGUCGCAGGAAGAUUAAGCGAGAUAUAAUAGAUAUACCAAAGAAGGGAGUAGCUGGACUUAGGCUAGACUGUGAUGCUAAUACCGUAAACCUAGCAAGAGAGAGCUCUGCUGACGGAGCGGACAGUGUAUCAGCACAGAGUGGAGCUUCUGUUCAGCCCCUAGUGUCUUCUGUAAGGCCCCUAACGUCAGUAGAUGGUCAGUUAACAAGCCCUGCAACACCAUCCCCUGAUGCAAGCACUUCUCUGGAAGACUCUUUUGCUCAUUUUCAACUCAGUGGAGACAACACAGCUGAAAGGAGUCAUAGGGGAGAAGGAGAAGAAGAUCAUGAAUCACCAUCUUCAGGCAGGGUACCAGCACCAGACACCUCCAUUGAAGAAACUGAAUCAGAUGCCAGUAGUGAUAGUGAGGAUGUAUCUGCAGUUGUUGCACAGCACUCCUUGACCCAACAGAGACUUUUGGUUUCUAAUGCAAACCAGACAGUACCCGAUCGAUCAGAUCGAUCGGGAACUGAUCGAUCAGUAGCAGGGGGUGGAACAGUGAGUGUCAGAUCUAGAAGGCCUGAUGGACAAUGCACAGUAACUGAAGUUUAAAUAAAAAUGUCUUCAGCUCCAUGCUCAAGGUUGAAAGGGUUACCUGUAAAUUUCUGCCCACAUAACAUUAUACUCAUCCCUAGUAGUGCAUUUUGGGAGUUGGGGUGGGAAGGGGUAUGGGAAGGAUAGACUCAUAAUUAAAAUGUCUAACAUGUCUCUGUUGAGAAAUUUAUUUAAUGUAAGGAACUUGGGUGUUAAUAGUUGAGAGCUGUUUAGUAAUAACCCAGUUUUCUUGAGGUCUGUUUACUUUAUAGUUUUUAAAAACUUCUGUAGUUCUUUUGGCCAGUGUGUUUGUAUUAUCUGUGCAUUAAUGGUCCUCAUCUGACUCCUGCAUUGUGUCUUAUUUUUCUGCAUGGAUUGGCAUAAGACCAUUACUAAAAUUUGGCACCUGUGAGAUGCUUGAUAUUAUAAGCAGGAAACAUAAUUUAAUGUAUGAAUAGAUGUGAAUUUGGGAUUUCAAAAUAGAUGAAUAACAACUAUUUUAUAGUAAAGUUAUUGAAAUGGAAAUGAAAACAGCCAGUAACUUAUGUUUCAGAAUGUUUGUAACACACUUCAUGGCGUUCUCAUAGGCUUUGCUGUCUAGUCUUAUAGUUUGAGGUUUUUUUGGUCUGCAUUUUUCUUUUUGAUUACAAAAUUUAUAAUUUAAUAAAUACUAGAGUUUAUCAAAAA